AUGGUUUUGCCUCUCAUGACAGAGAAAGUUCAAGAAGAGAUUGACCGGGUAGUCGGACGAUCACGAAGACCUUGUGUGGCUGACCGCACCCAGAUGCCCUACACAGAUGCGGUGGUCCAUGAAAUCCAGCGCUUCAUCUCCCUCAUCCCUCUGGCACUCCCUCACACUGUGACCAAAGACACCCACUUCAGAGACUACGUCAUUCCCAAGGGCACCACCAUCUUUCCCAUCCUCAGUUCUGUCCUCCAUGACAGCAAAGAGUUUCCAAACCCAAAUGAGUUCAACCCUGGGCAUUUCUUGAACGAGAAUGGCACCUUUAGGAAGAGCGAGUUCUUCAUGCCCUUCUCAGCAGGGAAGCGAAUAUGCCUUGGAGAGGGCCUGGCACGCAUGGAGAUAUUCUUAUUCAUGGCCACCAUCUUGCAGAACUUUACCUUGAAGCCUGUGGUCGACCCCCAGGAACUCAACAUAACCCCGACACUGAGUGGAACAGGCAACGUACCUCCUGUCUACCAGCUCUGUGCUCUCCGCCGCUGAAAAGCACAAAACCUCCCUCCAUGCUGUCCUGAGCCUGGCUUCUCCUUUACAUCGCCCUUACCAAAACCAACAGCAGGAGCCUUGGCUCACCUUUCCAAGGCCUCCAGCAAGGCAGCCCAAACACAGGUACAUGCAUGGAGCAGACACUUUCAUAGCCUCCUGGAACUGCUACUCCUCCGCGUCACAGGGUGGCCCCGGCUGACGGUGCAGCCUGUUGCACUCAUGCUCUGCCCACGGGCUCCUUGAGCUCAGCGGCUGCAUCAAACAGCUGGUUUCCUCCCAAACACAGCUCCCAUGGCUCCUCACGACCUGCUUCUCCCGCAGCCUGUGUCCCACCAAGAGCAGCAUGCUUUGCAGAUGGAUAGUGCUGCAUGUGCCUACGCUAAUGUCCCAAUAAAGAAAAUCCUAUUCAUGAGGA